UAGAUUCCGCCUUCUGUUUCGGGUUUUCUCUUGAUUUCUCAACAAAACAAUAAAUAAAUUUCAAAAACUGUGGUUUGUCACUUAUUUCGUUUUGUCCUGCAGAUAUUUCUGUGUUAUUGUUACAAUAAAUUAGGCUCUUUGUGGAUUGCUUAAUAGGGCGAUUGUUCUUAGUUACUUGCAAUAUUCUUCUGAUUCUCGAUUCUGAGAUUUGAGAAUCGCUUCCAAGAGUUUUCAAACAAAAAUGUUCAAUUUAGUCAUUUGGACUGAGUUGUUCUGAUUGAAGCACUGUUUGUUUGGAUGUGGCGUAUUAUGCAUGUUGAUGCACGGCUUAUCUGAAUUUAUGUGUAGUUCAUUUGGUGUUUAUGUCAACAAAAAUUUGUCACCUUUCUCCUUUUUUGGAAAUUUGGUGAAGCGAUCAAAGACAAACCGAGUGACUUUUGCGACGGAUCUGAAUUUUUAUUUUUUAUUUUUUAACACCUCUGAAAAAAAUGGAGAAUUUUUCUGUUCGGAUUUGAACUGAUAGUUUAGUCUCAUUUUUUCCCCUGUUUUAACUAGAUUGCAGUUAUGUUUGGUCAUUUUGUAGAAGGCAAAUAGGAGUAAAACCACAGGAAUGUCUGCAUUCAAUUCUGCAGUUCCAAGUCCUAGACUGAAUGUUUCAUCGCCCUUAGGUUUGAAAGUUACACCUGAUGCACCAAGAAGAAGGUUGACUUCAGAAACUCUAAAGGGGGGAGGAAUUAGUGGGAGCAAUCCUAAUACUGUGCAUGACCUUCAGGACAAAAUUAUGGUGCAGUCGUUACAUGAUAGAUCAAAACAUAUGGCAGAAUUGAAGAGAGAGUUGUUUGUUUCAGCACUUGGUUCAGGCCAUAGGAAAUUGAGAUCCAAACCAGAGAAGCCCAAGUGGCAGUUUUAUCUAAGCUUUUUCUUCAAGAUUUGCUUGCUAUUAGUGGCCAUUUUAUGGCUUGGUUUGUUGAUAUGGAAAUGGAGAAAUAUGAUUAAAUAUAGCAAGGGGUUAUAUGAUUUUGACAGCGAUGGCAGGUUAACAGAAGUGGAAGCAUCCUUGAAAAACACUGCAAGAAGGUUGCAGGAUCAGUUAGAUGUUGUUGACAAAAAAAUUGGGACUGAGGCAGAGGUUGCAAAGAAGGAGCUGAAUAAGCACGUGGAAGAGACAGAUUUGCUCUCUGAGAAGAAGUUGAAGUGGUUGGUCUCUCUAACUGAUGACUUGGACAAAUCACUUUCAGAGAUAAAAGCCACUGGAUUCUUGUCAAAGGAAGAGUUACAGAUAUUUUCUAACAAGUUUAAAGACAAAGAAAAAUGCUCAGGUAGCACUCAUGAAAUAUUGGAUGAUAUUAGAAAAUUUGCUAAAGAGAUAGUUGAAAAGGAGAUUGAGAAGCAUGCAGCUGAUGGGUUAGGAAGGGUUGAUUAUGCUUUGGCUUCUGGGGGUGCAAAGGUAAUUAAUCAUUCAAAGCCCUACCUUAUUGGUAAGUCUAGCAGCUGGCUGGCUAUUGGAAGUUCCUUCAAUCGAGUUCACCCUGACCCUAAUGCUAAGAAAAUGCUUGAACCAAGUUUUGGGGAGCCUGGACAGUGCUUUGCUUUGCAUGGCAACAAUGGCUUUGUCGAGAUUAGGCUUAGAACUGGAAUUGUCCCAGAGGCAGUAACACUUGAGCAUGUCUCCAAGAUGGUAGCUUAUGAUCGGUUGAGUGCUCCAAAAGAUUGCACAGUUACAGCAUGGUCUGAAGGGCCUGGCAGUGAUCCAUUGAAUGGUUCGGAGAAGAAGUUCGUCCUGGCUGAAUUCUCAUAUAACCUGGAAAAGAGUAAUGCGCAGACAUUUUACAUUCAAACUGCUGUUUCAGAACUUGUCAAUGUUGUCCGGCUUGAUUUCUCCUCGAACCAUGGGAGCUCAACUCAUACAUGUAUUUAUCGGUUUAGGGUGCAUGGUUCUGAGCCCACUUCCUUAAAUGUGUCAGCUGAAGGCAAAGAGAAGUACUAAAGUUUGAGUCAUUUUUGCCAACUCAGGAUUUGUACAAUGGAUGACGAUGUUCCAUUGAAGUGGAUGUUUUUCUCAAAUACUUGCACAGUUCUUCCUAGGUCAGGUUCGAGCAAUUGUCUUUACACAGGCUCUACUUGUUGGUUCUCAAGGUGGUAAAAUAGCUAGCAGAUUAACAGCCGCAAUUGUCUUUCCACGAGUUUUGUAAUAAGGAAAAAGAAAUUUCCUGCUGCUAAAGGGGGAAAAAAAAACUUGUUGGAAAUGUCAUCUUGAUAUCACAGGACAGUUUAUUAUUAUUUAUUUAUUUUUGAGUUGGUAUCAAAUAUUCAAGUUAUGCUGGUUAA